AUGGAUGCCAACGAUCCGGGCUGGAUCGAGAAGAUUGCACCCGCCGAUUACUGGAACGGCGCCGAAGCUGAACAACUCAUCGAGCAGGCCAAGCAGAUGGCCAUCUCCAUCGCCAAUGAGGUGCGCUUCGUGGACGAGGCACUCCGGAAGUCGUACAUCCCGCACGAGACCCUCGUCUACAUGCGGAAGGAGAUGCGGAUCAACGCGCGGCGCCGCGGAGUCGAGCAGAACGUCGCUAACCCGAAGCUGCUCAAGGCUAUUCGAGAA